CAGCCCUCUCCUUCCACACGUGCGGUCUAGACCAUCAUGUCUCGGUAGGCAGUUCUCACUCCCGGUUUUGUUGUGAUCGCUUCGUCUGCGCCGCUGGCACGCAUCGGGGAGGAAGCACGAGGAAUGAGAACAAGAGUCCACGGCGACAACGACGACAACGACAUAGUAGCCUCCGGACAUUCGAGGAAAGUACAUACACAACGCCCAAUCGACGCAUCGACGCACCAUGUCAGCGCCUCCGGCCGGAGGGUUCUCCCUCUUUCCCAAUCCCAGCAACGCCCCACGACCGCCAUCGAGAUCCCACAGUCGGCCUCGAGCAGCUACGCCCCAGGAAGGGCCCGCUAGCUCUGUCGAGGUAUCGCCGCCCCGUGCCGCGAGACACGCUCCCGAAAGGAGGAACUCGGUAAGCAGGGAGGGCAAGCAGCGGGCCGUGUCCAACAACCCGUGGCAACAUGCCCUCGAUGCGCGGAAGCAGACGGCCCCCCUCGAGAGCACGGCGGGCCUGUCCACGGCUCCUACCACUGCUGCCGUUGCCCCUGAGGCCCCCGCGGCAGAGGUGGCAUAUUCUCAGCCAGUGACGGAUGUCCCGCAGCGGUGUGAGACUGCCUUCUCGGAGGCUCAGACGCUGGUCCGCAGCGCGAGCCAGAGGUCUCGGAGCUCCAUAGCCAAGCCGCCGAUAGCCUACACCCCGGCUAGGGCGUCUUCGUCUUCACAACCGGAGGAGUCCGAGGAACCGACAGUCAUCCGGUCCAUAUUCCCCCGGUACAACCCCGACGUUCCCCUGUCUCAGCAAGAGUAUUACCCCACCCAAGCGAGCCCAGCCCACAUCCCACAAUCCGCCAUCAGCAGGCCGCUCUAUUCCCCCCGGAGCGCCGCCGCCGCCGCCGGCGGUGCAUCGAGCGGGCAGGCAGGCGCCCAGUCUGGGGGUUCCGCCCAAACAUCCAACUCUCACGCCCGCUGGCCUCCAGUUCGAGGCCGUCGCGAGCCGGCGGCGGUCUCGGCGGUCAGCACGACGGAGGAGCUCCGUGGAUUGUGGAAAGCGGCCAACGGGUGGAGAGCAUCAUCCCUCGAAGGGCGCACCUACUGCCUCAAGAUGACCACGUCCCCGGAGGCCCCCCCGACAUACACCCUCUCUUCCUCCACCGGCCAGCCCUUUUACUGCUUGCGCGUCGAGCCAACCUCAGCCUCCGCCCUCGUCACCCUGUCGCGCUACGACCCAAAUAAGCCCUUCAAGCCCAGCAGCACCACCGCCACCGCCACCUCGUCCUCCACAAUUCCCAUCCCCAGCCCGAGCCCCGACGCUUCCUCGCCCUCGCCACGAGCCUCCUCGUCUAGCCGGCGGUCCAACUACGCGAGCACCUCCCAGACCACCGCGCACACCCCGUCCACCACCGCCCUCAAACACCAAAAAAACUGGCAGGAAGUGCUGUCCACCACGCUCUCCACCUCCGCCAUCACCAACUCCUACACCAGCGACGACGACGACAACAACGACCGCGCCGCCGACGAGGACGACGGCCUGGUGGCGCACCUCUGGCCGAGCGCAGCGGCGCGGCUGGUGGCGGACCGGGCCAACGACGCGGCGACGGUGGCGGUGGCGCAGCACGAGUCGGCGCGGCUGGUGUGGGACGCGGACUCGGGCAGCCACUUCCUGGUGCACCCGGCGCUGGCGGUGCCGUUCAGCGUGGCGGUGGAGCGGCAGGGCGCGCUCAGCCGGACCGAGUACGCGCUCGAGCACCUCGAGUCGCCGGCGCUGAUCGCGCGGCUGGUGCGCGACGGCACCGGCGCCGGCUGGCUCGAGGUCGACACGGCCGUCGCCGGCAAGGUCGACGCCGUCUACCUCGUCGACGUGGUCGUCGCCGCGCUCGUGCUGGUCGCGCACCUGGACGCGAGGAAGAGCAGGGGCCAGCACGGCGCUGGUGGUGGCGGCGGGGAGGUGUUUGAGGCGCCGCCGGGCGGCGACGGUCUGUAUUCGGGCGCUGCUGGGGAGAGGGGCGGGCGGAGCUGGAGUCGGGCGGCCAGCCGGGCGAGCCGGGCUAGCCGGAGAGGGGACAGGGAGCGGAAGAAGGAGUCGAAGAGAAAGAGCGGCAAGGGCAAGCGGGCGGGCAUGGAGCAGUUUGAGAUGGACCUUGAGAGUCAGAGCAGCGAUCUCGGGAAGGAGGACGAUGAGAAGCUCCCGGGAGUGUUGAGGGCCGCGGUGGGGUUGGUGAAGAUCACGUUCAAGUGCUUCGUGUGGAGCGCGACGCUGGCGUUCAAGGCGCUCAUGGCCAUCCUCUCGGGACUGACGAGGUGUUGUGGCCUCGGGAAGCUCUAGGGGUAUGGAGUCGGCGUCGGGUUGGCAACGGGAUCAGGAAACGGCUAAGGAACUCAUCAAAGGGCUAAUGUUGGAUCGUUCGUGGUCGUUAUGAUUCUGGCGUUGGGUAUU